AUGGUUGUCGUAUCGGCGUUGGAUCGUUGCUUCGCUCUCUUACUCCACCUCUGCGCCGCGCUGGGCUGCCAAAUCUCCAACUAUAAAUCGGAAUAUAGACUUCCCGGAGAUUACGUGAUCGGAGGGCUGUUCCCGCUCCACAAAGCGGAUUCAACGCAAUUUCCCAUGCUGGGGCUCAACUACUGUGAUGGAAGCACCUUUAAUAUUCUGGGCUACCACUUACUCCAUUCAACGAGGAUGGCCAUAGAGGAGAUCAAUAACUCCAGCACACUGCUCCCCAACGUCACCCUGGGCUAUGAGCUGUAUGACACGUGCUCCGACCCCACCCACAUCUACGGAGUUCUGCGCAACCUCUACCGCUGCGAAGAGCCCUAUCUACAGAUGCAGAACAACUUCACCAACUACAAAACGAAAGCCAUUGCUUUGGUUGGCCCGUCCAGCAGUAGCUUUGCUUUUGUUGCAGGCAGAGUUUUGGGCAAGUUUCUUGUUCCCCAGAUAAGUUACUCCGCCAGCAAUGAGCAGCUUGGUAAUAAGAGGACCUAUCCAUCCUUCUUUCGCACCAUCCCCAGUGACAAGCUUCAAGUAGAAGUCAUUUUAAACUUGCUGCAGAAGUUUAAGUGGACGUGGGUGGCAAUAGUUGGCAGUGAUGAUGUCUACGGCAGGCAGGGUGUACAAGACCUAAACACCCUGGCGAGCAAGAAUGGCAUCUGUAUAGCGUACCAGGGCCUGAUCCCACUUAGCACUGAUACAACCAACGUCAAGAAGAUGGUGGCCAAUAUAGUCCAGACCAGAGUCAAGGCAACUGUGGUCUUCUCGGCCUACUUCAACGCCAGGAUAUUUUUUCAAGAAGUCCUAAAUGCCAACGUCACCGACUUUGUCUGGAUCGGGAGUGAAAGCUGGAUAAUGGACACCCAAAUCACAGCUAUCGCCAAUAUCAAGAGAAUUGGCUCGGUAUUAGGAGUUUCAGUGGGUCAGGUCUUUUUCCCAAAGCUACUCGAAUUUGAAACAGAAUAUGUCACAUCUCCAAAAAUAAAAACCAUGGGCCAGAAUGGCUGUAACCAAGUCUGCCUCGACUGUCAGGCUUUCACACUGCAGACCAUGCCCAUCCAAACUCAGUUUUCAAUGUCAGCUUCUUUCAAUGCCUAUUCGGCAGUGUACGCCAUAGCAUAUGCCUUACAUGACCUACUAGACUGUAAAUCUGGACAGUGCAGUACCAAUACUUUCUAUCCAUGGCAGCUUCUGCAAAAGGUGAAGAAGGUGAAUUUCACUAUGUACAAUCAGACCAUUAAUUUCGAUAGCAAUGGAGACCCGGCCACUGGUUAUGACAUAGUCAUGUGGUCGUGGAGCGAAGAUACCCCAACGUUCAAACUCAUUGGCUCUUACAGUAAAACUACACAGCAGUUGCAGCUGAAUGACAAACUACAGUGGUACACCAAAGAUAAUACCGUACCAGAAUCUAUUUGUUCUAAAGAAUGCGAAACAGGAGAAAGAAGGGUACAGACUGGGUCUCACACCUGCUGUUUUGAGUGUUUACCAUGCCCACAAAUGAGUUUUCUCAAUGCAAGUGAUCUUUAUACGUGUCAGCCUUGUGGAACUGAUCAGUGGUCACCAAUGAAAAAUGACAUCUGCUACAAUCGAACCGUGGAAUACCUACCUUGGACUGACCCAUUGUCCCUCGUUCUUCUGUUUCUUGUUACAUUGCUGCUAUUAGUGACCAUAGCAAUAGCCGUUCUAUUUGUUAUUAAUCUGAACACUCCGGUAGUGAAAUCGGCAGGAGGGAAGAUGUGUCUGGGGAUGUUAUUGUCUUUAGCGCUCUCUCUUUGUACCUUAUACUGCUAUUUUGGAGAACCUGGAAUCAUCACAUGCAUGGUGAGACAACCUGUCUUUGCCGUGAGUUUCACCAUUUGCUUCGCUUGCAUCGUGGUCCACGCCUUUCAGAUUGUUUGUAUUUUCAAGAUGGCUACCCAUAUGCCAAGAAUAUACGACAUCUGGGUGAAGAAGAAUGGCUCAGAUGUUUUCAUUGCCGCCAGUACCGCCAUUCAGGUCCUGAUCUCCGUUGUGUGGAUUGUGGUGAAGCCACCAAGGCCUAUAGCAGACUAUUCCACCUUCUCAGAUCAGAUCAUUCUGAAAUGUUCUGAGACGGUGUCCAUAGGUUCCAUCGCUGAAAUUAUUUUUAUUGCUUUCCUCAGCAUGAUAUGUUUUAUCUUCUGCUACAUGGGGAAAGAUUUGCCUGCAAACUACAACGAGGCCAAGUGUAUCUCAUUCAGCUUACUGGUCUACUUCUUCUCCUGGGUUGGGUACUUCACAACGUACAUCAUUUAUCAAGGGAAAUACCUUGCAGCGGUCAAUGUGGGCGCUGUGCUCCUCAGCGUUUUCGGGAUCCUAGCUGGAUAUUUCACUCCAAAAUGUUAUAUCAUUCUGCUCCGGCCAGAAAUGAACACUACAGAACAUUUUCAGAGUGCCAUCCAGGAUUACACCAAGAAACAGUCCGCACAUGAUUAA